AUGGAACACAUCGACCUUCCACUCAAUGACACAAAAUACAACGUUGAUCAAAUAAUACAAUUACUUAACAACUCGACAGUAUUUUCAGAAUCGAGUGUGUUGUCUUUAAUUGAAAAAUCUCGUGACAUAUUAUCAAAAGAGCCCAAUACUAUUGUUGUGAAGAAUUAUAAGAAGUGUUGUGUAUUUGGUGACAUUCAUGGGAACUAUCGUGGACUUAUUAAACAAUUAACAAACAAAGAUGUGGUCGACUGCGACUUAAACGUCUUUCUUGGUGAUUACGUCGAUCGAGGGAACAACUCAAUUAACGUUUUAAUCACUCUUUUGUGUCUUAAAGUGAACCACCCAGACACUUUUAUAUUACUUAGAGGUAACCACGAGGAACGAUUAGUUACUUCCAUGUAUGGAUUUCGGGAGGAAUGUAGCCGAGUAUAUAGUGAAGACUUUUAUGACAAGUGUUGCGAGCUGUUUUGUGCGUUUCCGAUUUGUGCCGUCAUCUCGACAAAGAAGUACAAAUACUUUUUGGUACAUGCUGGCAUCUCUCCACUUAUCAAGAGUCUUCAGGACGUCGAUGAAAUCGAUCGAUUUACUGAUGUUUGUGAAGACGAAGACAAUUUCACUGAUGACGCCUUUGCAGACUUGUUGUGGUCAGACCCGAUACCAAGAAGUUAUUUAUCUGACGACUGGAAGGACAAAAAGUUCAUGAACAACAGAGAGAGGGCGUGUUCGGUGUAUUAUGGGUAUGCCGCUCUCAACGAGUUUUUGGAGAAGAAUGGAUUGAGAAGCAUCAUAAGAGGACACCAAGCCGUUUCGGAAGGGUUCGCUUUGACUAAACUUGGCGAUGAAAAGAGAGAAGAGCCUAUGGUGUAUACUGUUUUUGGUGCACAGGGGUAUUACAAAGAGUCUGAUAAAGCCGCUGUGUUAAUUAUGGAUUAUGAAACGAGUGAAUUGAAUCAUGUUGUAUUCGGGAAAGAAUAA